AUGGAAAAUAUAAGUAUCAAUCAUGUGGACUUGCAGACCAAGAUCAUAGCUCAGGAUAUUUUGGAUAAGUCUUCUUCUCAACCAAUUUACUUAUCCUCGGUUGAAGUGGUAGGAGGUGAGACUUUCUCCAAUGUAUUUUUCAAAAAAUUGUUAUCACCAUUGCUCGAGACCAGUGAUUACACCUUUGGCAAAUUGGUUUCGAAUGUUGAAGCGUCAUAUAACAAGUUGAAGGAUACUGAGGUAUUUACGGACAUUGGAGUGAGUUUUUCGACUGAUUUUACUUCCGGUAUCCCCUCCAAUGUUAAAAAUUACAACAGCAAAACUGAUAAACCAAUUCCAACCAAAGUCAAGUUUGAUGUUAAGUCUAUUAAUUUGAAUAUUGGAGAAUACUUCUUAAACUUGGAUAAUGACACUCCUUUGAAUGUCAAUUUACAUUAUCUUAACAACAACUUCAACUCAAAUGCCGAAUUGAUAAACGUUGGAGUAGAUUAUAACCCAUACAAACCAAAUCAACAUUUAGUCACUAACGGAAAAUUGAUAUCUAACUUGACAAAUCCAAGGUUCAAGUUCGUGAUUGACUUAUUCAACACAAAUCAAAACAAUAAGAUUUGGCAAAAAAGUAGUGAAAACUCAUUGGGAGGUGUUAUUGGUUUGCAGUAUAAUAACACCUCUAGAAAUCUUCAUUUCUUAACUGGUUUAUCUAUAUUGAAAAGGAAAUUACAUGAUAUGGAUGAUUCAACAAUAGAUGAUGUGAAACUAUUUGCCGGUGACAACAUAAAGUCUUCAAUUAUAAACGAAUUGAGUUACUCCAAUUUGAGUUUCCUCAAUAGUGCAACAAACAACUUUCCUGUUAAUGGCUUCAACUUUCUUCUUUCUAAUGAAUUGAGUUCCAAUCAACAAUUGAACGAUCCCAGCAGUGAUUCUGGAUACUUUUGCAAGUCGUCAUUUACCAGCAAUAUCUUCAAAACAUUUGCUAAUAACUACUUAACCUUGAAAAUAUCCAACAGCUUUGGAUCCAUAUACAACCCUUUACUUGAGGAGCUUUCGCCGGUUCAUGUCUCCGAUAGAUUUUACUUGGGAGGAAGCAAGUCCUUCAAAGGCUAUUCCAAGAAUUCAAUUAACGCAAAUGGGGGUAAUCAAUUCUACAAAUUGGAUUCUUCAUUAUUCCUCAAAUUACCUCACUUCUUAUAUUCACCAAAACAUAAUCAGAAUAAUGAAGCCAAUCCUUUGAGAUUAUACGUGAAUGGUAUAGCAGGAAAUGUGUCUGAUAAUUUACUCGACGAUAGUUCUUUGAGUACAUCGGUGGGUUUUGGAUUGAAAUACUUCAAUAAUUGGGCUCAUUUCGAUUUAGGAUAUUACUUGAGCAAGAAGAUAAAUAACGUAGAUCAGCUUGGAGUGAAAGAUGGCUUACAGUUUUCAUUAUCCGUGGGAGGCUCAAACCGGAGCUCCUUCUAA